AUGUCCUGCGAGAAAACCAUCUGCACCGAACCGUGCUCUGUCCCGUGCGAGGCGAGAGGCCCCGAGCCCCGUGCCGCCGCCUGCAACGAGCCCUGCGUCAUCGCUUGCCCGGACUCCCGCGUGAUCAUCUUCCCACCUCCGGUGGUCGUGACCUUGCCAGGACCCAUCCUCACCACCUACCCUCAGGAAACGAUCGUGGGCAGCACGGAGUCAGCCGAGGUGGCCGGCGCCUUAGAGUCGGGAGUGGCGAUUGGUUCGGGACAGAAGGGCAUUGAGUGUCUGGAGCCCUGCGUCGACCGGUGUGCCCCACAGUUGGUGACGAAGUGCGAGCCCCCGUGCGUUCCCCAGUGUGCCCCUCCGUGCCCUCCUCCGUGCCCUCCUCCGUGCCCUCCUCCAUGCCCUCCCCCGUGCGCUCCCCAGUGCGUGCCAGAGUGUUCCUACACCUAUUCCACCCGCUGGAAGCAUCCUUGCCAGAGGGGCUUCUGCAAGAACUAA